AUGGCGGAUGACAUGGAUACCUCGCAGUCCUCGCCACGCGGAACUAAACGAAAAGGCGACGACAGUCUCUCACUUCCUGCGCCACGCAGGAUCAAGGCACUUGCACAAGAUGUAGUCAACAAGAUUGCCGCGGGAGAAAUCAUCGUCGCGCCAAUGCAUGCGCUGAAAGAGCUGAUUGAGAAUGCCGUUGACGCGGGGUCGACUGCGCUGGAGAUUCUGGUCAAAGACGGUGGUCUCAAGCUAUUACAGAUUACCGACAACGGACACGGCAUUGACAAAGAAGACUUGCCCAUCUUGUGUGAGCGCUUUACUACGUCAAAGCUCAAGGCUUUCGAGGACCUGACGUCAAUCGGCACGUACGGGUUCCGUGGCGAGGCGCUGGCGAGUAUCAGUCACAUUGCCCAUCUCAAAGUCACGACUAGGACGAAAGAGUCUAGUUGUGCUUGGGAGGCUCAUUACGCAGACGGCAAGCUUACCAGUCCAAAGCCGGGCCAGAGCGCAGACCCAAAGCCCAAGGCUGGACGGCAGGGUACCACUAUCACGGUCGAAGAUCUGUUCUACAACGUUCCCUCUCGGCGUCGGGCUUUUCGUUCAGCUAGCGAAGAGUAUGCAAAGAUACUUGAGCUUGUCGGACGCUAUGCUGUGCACUGCCAAGGGGUAGCCUUUUCCUGCAAGAAAGCCAAUGAAACUUCUGGCAGCAGUGUGAUAGUGCCUGCAUCUGCUACUGUGAAAGAUCGAAUACGGCAAAUUCAUGGUAGCAGCGCUGCCAACGAGCUGGUGGCCCUCAAUGUCGAAGAUGAUCGCUGGGGCUUCAAGUGCGACGGCUGGAUCAGCAAUGCAAACUACAGCGCCAAACGAACGCAGAUGCUGCUUUUCAUCAACCAUCGGUCGGUUGAUUCUACAGUGAUCAAAAAGAGCGUCGAGCAGACAUAUGCCACAUUCCUACCAAAAGGAGGACAUCCCUUCUUCUACCUCAGUCUUGAGAUUGAGCCGCAGCGAGUCGAUGUCAACGUGCAUCCUACCAAGCGAGAAGUUCAUUUCCUAAACGAAGACGAGAUCAUUGCUGUGAUUUGCGACUCGAUACGCGAGAAUCUCAGCAAGGUCGACACCAGCAGGUCCUUUGUGACGCAGUCACUUCUCUCCAACCCCAAAGCUCCCUUUGUAACACCUAUGAAGCAACCACUACCCGCAACGCCAAACAAAGGCGACGCAUCAGAUAAAAGCACCUCGAAAGCACCACAGACAUCGACCAGGAAGCGCAAUGAAAACAAUCUCGUCCGAACAGAUGCGUCGGCACGCAAAAUCACAUCGAUGCUGCAGCCCCAGCGGUCCGUAGAAGAGAUUGCCAACGACGAGGAAGAAAUGGAGUAUGAAUUCACAGAAAAAGAACCAAUGACAUGUCGUCUGACGUCUAUCAAAGAGCUGCGUGCCGAAGUACGAGAUGCCAUGCACAACGAGCUCACCGACAUCAUCUCGACACAUACCUUUGUCGGCAUCGUCGACGAGCAAAAACGCAUAGCAGCGAUCCAGGGCGGCGUCAAGCUUUUCCUAGUCGACUACGGCAUGCUGUGCAACGAGUACUUCUACCAAGUUGGGCUCACCGACUUUGCCAACUACGGAUACAUCCGGUUCAACCCCCCGCUGUCGCUGCGCGAGCUACUCAAGGUAGCAGUCGAGCAGGAGAAGAGAAACGCAGGCGACGCAGGCGACGAAAUCGAUUGGGACGAUGUCGUCGCCGUCGUCACCGACCAGCUUAUCAGCAAAGCAGCGCUGCUGAGCGAGUACUUCUCCAUGGACAUUUCACCCGAAGGCGACCUGUGCUCCAUCCCGCUCCUUGUAAAAGACUACACGCCUUGCAUGGCUAAGCUGCCUCAGUUCCUGCUCCGCCUGGGCCCCCACGUCAACUGGGACGAGGAAAAGGCGUGCUUCCAAACGUUACUCCGUGAAAUAGCUGCUUUUUACGUGCCAGAGAGCUUGCCGCUUGCGCCGUCACCGCAGACGCAGGACAAGGCCAAUGGGAAGGCCAAGGCGCAGGACGACGAGGACCCGGAGAUUGCGGCCAGACGCAAGAAGCUGCUGAGGGCGAUUGAGUACACUAUUUUCCCCGCGUGCAAGGCGAGGCUGGUGGGGACGAAGGGCUUGCUCAAGGGGGGAGUCAUGGAAGUGGCGAACCUCAAGGGCUUGUAUCGCGUGUUUGAGCGGUGCUGA